AUGAAUUUUAUCAUCUGGAAUACUAGAGGGGCCGCUAAGAGAGAACUUGGUGGUGCUCUUAAGACUAUGAUAAGGAAGUACUCUGUUGAUGUUGUUGUUCUGUUGGAACCUCGAACUAGUAGUGAAGUGUGUAGAAAAUUGAUGAAAAAAUUGGGGUUUGAUAGUCUCAUAGUUGAAGAAGCACAAGGGUUUUCUGGUGGGAUAUGGAUUAUGUGGCACUCAAAGAAGAUAGAAGUGGUAGUUGUAUCUCCAUCUUCUCAAUCCAUCCAUUGCAAGAUCAAAAUUCCCAUUGGUAAGAUUUUUGAUUUUACGACUGUUUAUGCAAGUCCUACACAGAAUUUAAGAGAAAAGCUUUGGGAUGAAUUGCGUAAUCUUAGUGAUACUAUAAUGGGUCCUUGGAUAUUAGGUGGAGAUUUUAAUGAAAUUGCUUACUCUCAUGAGAAAAAAGGGGGUGUAGCAGUUGAUCCUUCAAAGUGUGCUAAGUUUGCUUCUAUUCUUAAUGAGUGCCAGGUUGCUGAUUUGGAGUGUGAUGGCUCACCCUUUACUUGGCAAGGCCCCAAAUGGGGUAAUACGGGAAGAAUUUAUAAACGAAUAGAUAGAGUAGUAGCCAACAUUGAGUGGAGGUUUCUGUUUGAUGAUGCUAGAGUCUCAUCUCUUCCAAGAUUGUUUUCUGAUCACAAUCCCCUUUUAUCAAAGUUGCUUGAGGACCACAGAAAUAAUGGUAAGAAGCCUUUCUGUUUUUUUGCUGCUUGGCAAGAGCACCACUUAUUUAAAGAUUUCCUGCAGACUAAGUGGGAUCAUGGAUUUGACUUACCGUAUAUGCUCCAAAGGUUGGUACCGGAUAUUAAGGAAUGGAAUAAGCGAAUUUUUGGCAAUAUUGAUAGAAGGAAAAGUUCCAUUAUGAAGAGAAUUUCCAAUAUUCAGCAUGACAGAGAACAAAAUGACACUUCUUUUUUGAAGAAUUUGGAAGAAAAAUGCCAAAGUUUGUUGUUAGAAGUGCUUCACGAGGAGGAACUUUUUUGGUUUCAGAAGUCUAGGCAAAAAUGGAUAAUGGAUGGGGAUAGAAACACAAUAUUCUACCAUUUAAGUACUGUGGUCAGGAUAAACUCAAACAAAAUCUUUAGACUCAAGAAUGAUAGUGAAGUGUGGGUGUCGGAUCUUCUUGAGCUUAAAAAUAUGGCGUGUAACUUUUUCAAAGUUUUAUUUUCUGAAGAUGUCUGUGAGAGAAGAUGGAUUUCGUCAUGGAAUCUCUGGCCAUCUAUUCCCUCUGGUGAUCAAACUUAUCUUAGCAAGACUCCAAAUGAGGUGGAAAUAAAGCAAGCAAAUUUCAACAUGGGAGGCUUCAAAGCUCCAGGUACUGAUGGUUUUCCUGCAAUUUUUUAUUAG